AUGAUUUUAGCAAUAGUGGUUCCUUUGUUAAGUUUUAUUGGGCUCAUUGGAAUGAUUGUUGGAGUUAACGAUGAUAUUGAUCGAUGUAAGAGCUCAAAUAAUUUGCUACAGAGUUGGGGUAUAUCAAUAUUAUUAUUUGUAAGGUUUAUAGUAAAUUUAUUAUGUUUACCAAAUCCUUUUUAUCCUGAAGUGACAUUUAUUUCAUUUAUAGUACGUUUUUUUGUUGUAUUUAUUACUGAAGAGUGGACUAGUGCUAAUUGUACUAAUUAUCCACGUGAUCAAAUAAUUUGGUUAUUCAUUAGCAAUUUAUUAAUAUUUUGUUGUAUAUUUUGUUGUACUGGUGGUAAUAAUAUAGAUAAUACUUGGAAACUAGUGUCAGCAUUUAGUGAUUGUCCAAUGUUAGAGGCAUAUGCAGAUGAAAUGGGAGUGAGUGGGAAAGAUAUUCUAAGUUUAGCUAGAAAUCGUUCUAAUGAUGAGAAAUUUUGUAAAAUAGCAAAUAAAUAUCAAAUAUCAGUAGAAGAAUUGAGAAAUAGAUUAGGACAUUUCAGAGAAUUGAUUGUGGAUAUUCCAACUAAAGUAUAUACUUGUGUGUAG